AUGCCUCUUCGUACAAGAAGACCAACUCGAAUAACUAUCAACACUCCUAAUACUCAAAGUCCAUAUACGAGUCCAUCUCACUCGACUUCGAACUCUCGAUCCAAUUCCUUCUCCGAGGGAUCGUCGGGUCACCUUCGUUCCGACGAUAGUCACGAAUUUUCAGACAAUUCGCAAGAAUCCUGGAACGGAGUAGAUUAUUCAGACGAUAUCGAGCCAUCUGAAUCUGCUUCACGUCCACCACAUGCAGCAACAAGAUAUAUAGCUAGAGAUCAAAUUAGCUCUCGAGAACACAGCACAAGUCGGCCACCCCCCAUUGAACGCACACACGCAAGUUACGAGCGCCCAACACGUCAUCACACCCCCGCCGCCGAACGAAGUCAUCGUCCACCUAUAUCUAGAGUGCACCGGCACACAGCACCGGGACCACCAUCAACUGUGGAGCAACUAGACGACUUUCCGGGCUAUGGCCGAGGCUAUCCUGCACAACCAACAGCUCCUUAUGGAGGCGGGAGAACAGCACCUCCGCCUGGUUAUGGCCCAAACGGUUACUCCACCGGUGCCAAUAGUUCCCCCUAUGCACCACCAUUUGGUAACCCUGGUGUUGCUCCCCCGCCCGGCCCUGGCCCUGGAGCUUUAACACAUUAUGGCGGCGGUUAUCCUCAGCAAUUUAACCAAAGCUCAAAUCCCUUUGCUCCACAAAAUCAAAAUUCGUUCGCACCACAGCCAUCUCCAAGUCCUGGCGGCGCUAGCUACUUUAACAGCCGCAAUAGGCACGACAUACCUAGACAUGAUCCAAUGGCUGGACACAAUACUCCCGGUGGAUAUCCUGGUCAUCCUAAUCAAGAACUUAUGCAUUACGCGCCGCAACAUGGCUAUCCCGGAAACCAGCCUUAUGGUGCAAGUCAAGGCUAUCCAGGAUAUCCAGGAUAUAUGUCUCCCGGCAUGUCUCCUGCCAUGUCUCCAGGAAUGCAGGCAUUGCAACACGGAAAUCACGGAAAUCAUGGACAGCAAAGUAUGGCAAUGGGUCCAGCAGGAAUGCAAUACUUCCCUCCUCAAUUCUCCACCCCUGCUCCCGAACCCGCUCCAGCGCCUGCGCCAGUGCCGGUGGUCGAUAUCGAGAUGGAGAAAAAAAUUGUGAUGAUGGAGGAACAAAUGAAAGCCGCAAAGAUAGAAUCCGAUAGGGCUAGAGAACAAGCUGAAGCCGCUCAAAGGGCAUCUGAAGCUGCUCAAAAGGCCUUAGCGGACAAGGAAGCACGAGAGCUGAAAGAGAAACUAGAAGCUGAAGAAGCAGCUGCGGCUGCACAGAAAUUGGCUGAUGAACGGGCCGAGUGGGCACGAAAAGCUAGUGAGGCUCAAGCCGUGAUUGAGAAAAAAGCUGCAGAGAGACAAGCUGAACUGGAAAAGAAAGCUGCAGAGAUGGAGGCUGAUUUGAGGAAGAAAGCCGCCGAUGCUGAAGCGGACUUGAAGAAACGAAUGGAAGAAGCUCAGACUUUAUUGGCAGCUAAGCUUGCACAGGAAGCUAAAGCAGAAAAGGAGGCCGCGGAUGCUGCUGCACAAGCGGCUGUGAGAGCCGAAUGGGAGAAAAAAGCAGCAGAAGCACAGGCAGAUUUGAUGAAAAGAGCUGCAGCAAUGGAAGCCGAUCUAAAAAAGGCAGCUGCUGAUAAUGAAGCUGAUUUAAAAAAGAAAAUGGAGGAAGCACAAUCAGCUUUGGCAGCUAAAUUGGCAAAAGAAGCUAAGGAUGCUGCAGAUGCUGCAGAGGCCGCUCAAGCUGCAGCUAUCAAAGCUGAAUGGGAAGCUAAAAUCGAGGCUGAGAAAGAAUUGGCAUUGAAGAAGGGGGCUGCGGAUGCGUUGAAAGCCAAGGAAGAAGAAGCAAGGGCAAAGGCGGCGAAAGAAGAAGAGGCAAAGAAGAAGGCAGACGAAAUAGCUGCCGCUGUUGCCGCCGCGACCGCUGCUGCUACCGCUGCUGCAACUCCAGCAGCACCACCUCCACCACCUCCACCACCGGUUGAAGAGAAGAAGAAGCCCAUCAAAUUCAAAGAUGCCGUAGGCAGAAAGUUCAGUUUUCCAUUCGAAUUAUGCGCAAAAUGGGCGGGUAUGGAGCAAUUAAUCAAACAAGCUUUCAUCCAUGUCGAAGCCAUUGGUCCCCAUGUUCAAGAUGGUCGCUAUGAUCUCAUUGGCCCUGAUGGUGAGGUUAUCCUACCACAGAUAUGGGAAUCAGUGAUAGAACCUGAUUGGGCAAUCACUAUGCAUAUGUGGCCAAUUCCAACAGAACCGCCAAAGCCAGCACCUCCCACUGGACCUCCUGGGCCACCCCAAAUGAAUCCAAAUGCACUUCCUAAUGGCGCCCGGCCACCUCCUCCUCCUGGUGUUGUCAUGCCACCUCUUGGAGCUAGACCACCACCGCCACCACCUGGACUUGGAGGUCCUCCUCCACCACCUCCACCACCCUUUAUGCCUCAGCCAAGCGCGCCAAGAAUCGUAACGGUGAAGCCAAAAAAGAAGGUAGACUCAGGAGUAUUAGGAUGGAUGGCAGGCAAAAGACCUGCACCGUCAAAAAGUAUGCAACAUAUACAUCUUUUGCACUACAUACUUACUAAAUGA